AUCCGUUUUAUAUCAUCUUUCUUUGUCCGUGGAAAGCUAGUUAAAAUACCAGUUUGUUGACAAAAUAUGGCCAAAUCGAAUAUUGGAAAGUUGUUUGAAUUUAUGUCUUUGAUGGGACAACUGAAGAGAGUGAAGAGAACAGGUUGGGUGUUAAAACAUGUAAAUGAACCAGAGAGUGUAUCUGACCACAUGUACAGAAUGGCUACUUUAUCUUUCUUGGUGGACCCCAGUACAGGGCUGAACAAAGAAAAAUGUAUAAAGUUGUCAUUAGUACAUGAUAUGGCAGAGAGCAUAGUGGGAGAUCUGACACCAGCUGAUCGUAUUGAUAAAUCAGAGAAACAGAUACGAGAAGAAAUGGCUAUGAAACAUAUAUCCGACUUGGUUAGUGAAGAUUUAGGUAAAGAACUGUACUCUUUAUGGGAGGAAUAUGAGCACCAGACUACACCAGAAGCAGUGUUUGUAAAGGAUCUUGAUAAGUUUGAGAUGGUAUUCCAAGCACAUGAGUAUGAACAAUUAGCCAACAAACCAGGAUCUCUACAAGAAUUUUUUGAUAGUACUAAAGGAAAGUUCAAAACUCCACAAGUACAAGAAUGGGUGAAGGAAUUAGAAGAGACAAGAGCACAGUAUCAUGAGAAAAAUACAGAAGGGACAUGAUAUUAAUGAAGAUUAUGAUUUAUCUUGUACCAGCUAACAAUGCAGCAAACAUUUUAUUUAUUUAAUAUUCCAAAAUUUGGUGCACAGCUUGUGUUCAUUUUUUUAUGAAUUAAGGUCCCAGACAUCCUUGUUUUAAUUUUUACAAAUUUAUCUCCCUUAAAGUCAAAUCAACACCUUAGAUUGAUUGUGUGUUGGUGUUAAACAUCACUUUCAGCAGGCUUGGUUAUAUCAUGCUGGCCAGAUUGUUUUAGAAGAGAAAGGGUGAGUACAUGGAGUGAACCAUAGUCAACAUCUUACAAUGUAAAAACAUAAAACAAAUGGUUUUAAUUGCAUAUUAUUCAAGCCGAUGGAAUUUAUUUGAACAGUCUAUUUUACUUUUUAAAAACUUAUAUAAGGUGUGGGAAUGUGAAACAUAUUUCAACCCCUGCACAGCCUUUCUUUUGACAAAGUGUUCAUUUAUCAUGUUUAUAUUCUCUGUUUUUAACAAAAUAAGAUUGUCUGAUGGUUUUCAUGUUUUGCUCAAUUAUUUACAUUGUUCGACUUUUGUUAAUGCAAUAAAUAUACUGUAAAUUCAAAAAUUAUUGCGAGGUUUUUAUUAAUGUGAAUUAACUGUGUGAGAAUCUCAUUAAUAAGAACUCACAUUCCCAUAUCUGAUACGUUUUUCUCAAAAUAAUUACUCUCGCAUUAUUGUCCAUUCUUCAAAAAUCCCAAUAAUAAAUGUGCACAAUAAUUUCUGAAUUCACUGUAUUAUAAAUGAUCUUUAUUCUAGGAUAGGGGAAAAACUGAUAUUAUAGUUUGUUAAUGUGUUUUGAUAGUAUGGGUAUGAAUAUGUGUCUAACAGUCAUCUGAUGAUCAUGAUGAUGUCUUAACUGUUGAUAUGAUUCAAAAGUACUGAUACUCCAUCUUUAAAAAUACCAUUGAGAAUAAGAACCAUUGGUGGCCUUGGACUGUUUUCUGCUCUUUGGUUGUGUUGUUGUCGUUUUGACACAUUCCCCUAUUCCAUUUUAUUUUCCAUUUAGAAUUCAUAUUGAUGUAUCUGAUAACAGAUCUAGAGUAGCAUGUAUGGUUGUAGUUUUUUCACUUGUUUUGAAGAUUAAAAUGUUCUCUUAUGAAUUGAAAUAGUUUUGGGAGUAAUAAACUAGCAGGGAUAGCAUGAUGAAAAAAUAUGAUAUUACAAGAAAAAGUCCAAUUGUGUAAUUGUGUUAAUCUUAAAAACUAACUUAAGUGGCAUUUUUAAACUUGUUGUAAUUUUUCAAAUUGAUGUAAUGAAUGUUGUUUUGGAUGAUUAGAAAUAUGAUGGUUUAUUGUUAAAUUUUGUUUGACAUAUUUUGAAUUUUUUGCUUCAUAGCAAACUAUUUGUCUACACUUAUGGGUGUAUAAAUCAAUAUAUGUAUUUAUUUUAUUUGUAUAUCAUAUACAAUUUACUACAGUUGUGCUUAAAAAUUUUAUGAAUACUUAUAAAGAAUUUUCAAAUCUG